AUGUCACUUUUUCACAUUUUUAAAUUUCCCACCGUUCCAUCCCCCGUACGUCCUGACAUCACAGGGAACGGAACCUGGAAGACAGAUGUCGGCAUCGGCCGGAGGAGAUUGCCGGGGACACUGCAGGAGGGACAUCGCGGGAGCGCAGGACAAGGUAAGUGAAGAACAGAUCCCAGAGCAACGCUGCAGGGUAUUCCCGAGUGUAGCACGGAGUUACCGCUUGUGGUACUGAAACUUUACCCCGAGCUACACUCGGGAAUACCGCCAGGGGGGUUAAUGAAAUUCUUCUUCAGGGUCGUCUGUGUGCAGAAAAGCAUAUGCAUUGGAAGAGUUUAUUUUUUUCCACAAAUUUGUAUUUUUUUUUCCAUAAACCUUUUAUUGAAGAAUUCGUAACAUACAGU